AUGUCAAGCAAUGACAAGCUAACCAACGAAACACGGUAUCACGUGAUUGUUGAUCCGAGCUCUUUGGUGUUUGGCGGAAUCACAAGACUCAAAAAAUGGCAGACAGAGUACCGUCUGACGGUCUUUGUACCAAACUACACACUGAGAGAACUGGACUUCCUCAAACGCUCCAUCAACCCUGUUGUUGCCCGAAACGCGCGCGAAAGCAUUCGUGUCAUCGACGCCGCGAUAAGCGAGGACCCUGCCGAUACCCACAACCCGCGUAAUGUUCAGUUUCUUUUAGAAUCUCCCGAGGAAGCAGGCCCGGACUGGAAAAAAGCUUCAAGCUACAGACAACGGACGCCCUUGUUAGGUGAAAUACCGACGAUGGCAGGCGAUUACGGACUAUACCAAAAGCCUCGGAACAAGACUACGCGAACGGUGAAUACCGGUUUCGAGAAGCAGCAGGAGCUCGCGAAAGAUACGGAUCAACACGAAAAGGCCAAGGUCCCGCCACGACUGAGGUACCUGAUCCGCUCGUGCAUUCAAAAGCAGUACGUCGAAAAUAAGAAGCGCAAACCGAGGUCGAGAAUUGAUUGGGUAGUGGUUUGCGAAGACCCCGUCACAUCUACAUGGCUCCGGUGUUUCGGAUUCAAAGUGCUGAGCAUGAACCAGAUGGAAGCGUUUCUGGAACAGCGUGACUCCAGCGACCCACCAAAAGUGGCGAACGAAGCGCCUGGCAUGGUGAAAACGCAGGAUUACAGGAAAAUCACGUUUGCUCCCAGAGGAUCGGGCAAGUUGUGGACGCCAUAG